CUGUCGCUGCGUCUCCGUUUCUUCCCGGGUCCCAAAUGGGCUGAUCCCGCUCACCUAUUCCUCUCUGUCCUAAUGCAUUACUUGCCAGUGUGAAAAACGCUGUAAUCUUGCGUGCUGUGUCGGCAUUAGGAUAAAGGCACCGGCCCGUCGCGUCUUUCGCGGAGGUCGCUAAACACAUUUAGUGCAUGAAUAGUGUCACGGUGGCAACCGUUUGCGUUUCUGACAUUGCAUUUUCUGCGACUUUUUGCCAUCGAUAUCCGUGUCCGUCUGAAGCGGUGACACGUUGAUGAAGGUCUGUCUGGGGCAGUCCGAUUAUCCAGUCCAAAAUGGUCAAAGUGAAGGCGAUCCUCAAACUGGGACUCCUGAUAUCCCUGCUAUUAGUUGCUCUGUUCACCUUCCAAAGGCUUACCUUUACAGAUUUAAACUUGUUUGUCAGGUCUAUGUCAUCACAGCAACCUACUGCAAAACCCAUCAAUUUGAAAUGUGGCCUGUCCAGGCCUUGUCCUGCAAAACACUUUGCCUUUAAGAUGAACAGUGGAGCUGCCAGUAUAGUGGGGCCUAAAAUCUGUGUGGAGGACAACAUCCUCAUGAGUGGCGUGAAGAACAAUGUGGGACGAGGACUGAACAUUGCCUUAGUGAACGGAAGUACUGGAAUACUCAUCAAGACGGCUUACUUCGAUAUGUGGGCGGGAGACAUCAAGCUCCUAAUAAAGUUCCUGAAGAGCAUUGAACAAGGGACACUAGUCAUGAUGGCUACGUUUGAUGACUCUUCUACAAAACUCAAUGAGGAAGCAAGGAAGCUGAUCGGUGAUUUGGGGAGCUCGAGUAUUAGUGCUGUAAAAUUCAGGGAUAACUGGAUCUUUGUGGGAGGUAAAGGGAUCAAAAGGAAGAGUCCCUUUGAGCAGCACAUAAAGAACAAGGCAGAUACCAACAAAUAUGAGGGCUGGCCUGAAGUUCUGGAGAUGGAGGGCUGCAUCCCAAUGAAACAAAGCUAGCUUACCUAGCCACCUUGUCCUGGGACGUGGAGGUGUUCAUCCUGACCUGGAUUGCUGGGGUGUGUGCAAGUGUCUUAGGUCUCCUAUAACCAGCAAUGGCCUCAGUUCUUGGGAUAACCACCUUAGUACUGGGAGUAACAGCCUCAGCACAUAGGGUGAGGGACUGUAGUGUGGCACAGCUCAUCUGCAAUCAGAACUUGCACGUACAGCAGCUGUUUAGAUCUAGGGUAGGGUUCACCAAGAGCCAGGAUCUCAGGUCCAGGAAUGUCAGGGGUGUGGUUUGCUCAAUUGGAUACUGCUGUCAGUCUGAGUGGGUAAUGCUGACGGCGGGAAAAAAACACAAAAUUAACAGCUGCUCUUUAAGACCCCAGUGACAGAGAUUCAAAUCGUUUAAUAUUGUGUAUUGUACAGAUCAAUGCAUAUGACAAAUGUUUCAUAGUCCUUUUUUUUGUAGAAAAAAAAGGCUUGCAUAAAACUCUUUUCAAUCUAAAAAUGACAUUGCUGUAGCUAGUUUGUGGUUUGAUAGGUGUCACUGUUGCCUCACAACUCCAGGGUUAUGAGUUUGAAUCCUGACUCUGCUCUCUGUGUGAUUUUUGCAUGUUCUUCUCAUGUUGGAAUAGAAUAUCUUAAUUGUCAUUGUACAUGUAAAACAAACCCUGUGCUUGUUAUAAACAAUGAAAUAAAAAUAAGAAAAUAAAAUGGAUAAAUGAAAAAAUA